UUGGUCCUUAGGGCUGGGAGCCCGCCUUCCCUCCCGCCCGGCUUAGAGGACAGCGGGGAAGGCGGGUGGUGGGGUCGGCGGCCUGAAGCGGCGGUACCGGUGCUGGCGGCGGCAGCUGAGGCCUUGGCCGAAGCCGCGCGGAUUCCCAGCCUGACGUGGAUAGGGUGAAGAUCUGUGUUGAGGAGCUGGGGCCAUAAGUGAGUUCAUCGCCAUGGUUUGUUAUUCAGAAUAUUAAAGGAAGCUUCUCUCCGAAGAACCUCAGGGCAAGAUGCUUGGAACCGGCCCUGCCGCCGCUGCCACAGCUACCACCGCAUCCAGCAAUGUGAGCGUCCUGCAGCAGUUUGCCUGCGGCCUGAAGAGCCGGAACGAGGAGACCAGGGCCAAAGCCGCCAAGGAGCUCCAGCACUAUGUCACCAUGGAGCUCCGAGAGAUGAGUCAAGAAGAGUCUACUCGCUUCUAUGAUCAGCUGAACCAUCACAUUUUUGAACUGGUUUCCAGCUCAGAUGCCAAUGAGAGGAAAGGUGGCAUCUUGGCCAUAGCCAGCCUCAUAGGAGUGGAAGGUGGGAAUGCCACCCGAAUCGGAAGAUUUGCUAACUACCUUCGGAACCUCCUCCCCUCCAAUGACCCAGUUGUCAUGGAAAUGGCAUCCAAGGCCAUUGGUCGCCUCGCCAUGGCAGGGGACACUUUUACCGCUGAGUAUGUGGAGUUUGAGGUGAAGCGAGCCUUGGAAUGGCUGGGUGCUGACCGCAACGAGGGCCGGAGACAUGCGGCUGUCCUGGUUCUUCGUGAGCUGGCCAUCAGCGUCCCCACCUUCUUCUUCCAGCAAGUGCAGCCCUUCUUUGACAAUAUUUUUGUGGCCGUGUGGGACCCCAAACAGGCCAUCCGUGAGGGAGCUGUUGCUGCCCUUCGUGCCUGUCUGAUCCUCACCACCCAGCGGGAGCCAAAGGAGAUGCAGAAGCCACAGUGGUACAGGCACACGUUUGAGGAAGCAGAGAAGGGGUUUGACGAGACCUUGGGCAAGGAGAAGGGCAUGAAUCGCGAUGAUCGGAUCCACGGAGCCUUACUGAUCCUCAACGAGCUGGUUCGCAUCAGCAGCAUGGAGGGAGAGCGCCUGAGAGAAGAAAUGGAAGAAAUCACACAGCAGCAAUUGGUACAUGACAAGUACUGCAAGGAUCUCAUGGGCUUCGGAACGAAACCUCGUCACAUCACCCCCUUCACCAGUUUCCAGGCCAUGCAGCCCCAGCAGUCAAACGCCUUGGUGGGACUGCUGGGGUACAGCUCUCACCAAGGCCUCAUGGGCUUCGGGGCUUCCCCCAGCCCAGCGAAGUCCACCCUGGUGGAGAGUCGCUGCUGCAGAGACUUGAUGGAGGAGAAAUUUGAUCAGGUGUGCCAGUGGGUGCUGAAGUGCAGGAAUAGCAAGAACUCGCUGAUCCAAAUGACAAUCCUGAAUUUGUUGCCCCGCUUGGCUGCCUUCCGACCUUCUGCCUUCACAGAUACCCAGUAUCUCCAAGAUACCAUGAACCAUGUCCUAAGCUGUGUCAAGAAGGAGAAGGAACGGACAGCAGCCUUCCAAGCCCUGGGGCUACUUUCUGUGGCUGUGAGGUCUGAGUUUAAGGUCUACUUACCUCGUGUGCUGGACAUCAUCCGAGCAGCCCUGCCUCCUAAGGACUUUGCCCAUAAGAGACAGAAGGCAAUGCAGGUGGAUGCCACGGUGUUCACCUGCAUCAGCAUGCUGGCCCGAGCGAUGGGGCCGGGCAUCCAGCAGGACAUCAAGGAGCUGCUGGAGCCCAUGCUGGCGGUGGGCCUGAGCCCUGCCCUCACAGCUGUGCUCUACGACCUGAGCCGUCAGAUUCCACAGCUGAAAAAGGACAUCCAAGAUGGACUCCUGAAGAUGCUGUCCCUGGUCCUUAUGCACAAACCCCUCCGGCACCCAGGCAUGCCCAAGGGCCUGGCCCAUCAGCUGGCUUCUCCUGGCCUCACGACCCUCCCUGAGGCCAGCGAUGUGGGCAGCAUUACCCUUGCCCUCCGAACUCUUGGCAGUUUUGAAUUUGAAGGCCACUCUCUGACCCAGUUUGUCCGCCACUGUGCGGAUCACUUCCUGAACAGCGAGCACAAGGAGAUCCGCAUGGAAGCCGCCCGCACCUGCUCUCGCCUGCUCACGCCCUCUGUCCACCUCAUCAGUGGCCAUGCUCACGUGGUUAGCCAGACCGCAGUGCAAGUGGUGGCGGAUGUGCUCAGCAAACUGCUCGUGGUUGGGAUAACAGAUCCUGACCCCGACAUCCGCUACUGUGUCUUGGCAUCCCUGGAUGAGCGCUUUGACGCACACCUGGCCCAGGCAGAGAACCUGCAGGCCCUGUUUGUGGCCCUGAAUGACCAGGUGUUUGAGAUCCGGGAGCUGGCCAUCUGCACUGUGGGCCGGCUCAGCAGCAUGAACCCAGCCUUCGUCAUGCCCUUCCUGCGCAAGAUGCUCAUCCAGAUUUUGACAGAGCUGGAGCACAGCGGCAUUGGAAGAGUCAAGGAACAGAGUGCCCGCAUGCUGGGGCACCUGGUCUCCAAUGCCCCCCGACUCAUCCGCCCCUACAUGGAGCCUAUUCUGAAGGCUUUAAUUUUGAAACUGAAAGAUCCAGACCCUGAUCCAAACCCAGGUGUGAUCAAUAAUGUCCUGGCUACAAUAGGAGAGUUGGCUCAGGUUAGUGGCCUAGAAAUGAGGAAGUGGGUUGAUGAACUUUUUAUUAUCAUCAUGGACAUGCUCCAGGACUCCUCUCUGUUGGCCAAAAGGCAGGUGGCUCUGUGGACCCUAGGACAGUUGGUGGCCAGCACUGGCUACGUGGUGGAGCCCUACAGGAAGUACCCCACAUUGCUUGAGGUGCUGCUGAAUUUCCUGAAGACUGAGCAGAACCAGGGUACACGGCGAGAGGCUAUCCGUGUGUUAGGGCUCUUGGGGGCCUUGGAUCCCUACAAGCACAAAGUGAACAUUGGCAUGAUCGACCAGUCCCGGGAUGCUUCUGCUGUCAGCCUGUCAGAAUCCAAGUCAAGUCAGGAUUCCUCUGACUACAGCACCAGUGAGAUGCUGGUCAACAUGGGGAACUUGCCUCUGGACGAGUUCUACCCAGCCGUGUCCAUGGUGGCCCUGAUGCGCAUCUUCCGAGACCAGUCCCUCUCUCACCAUCACACCAUGGUCGUCCAGGCCAUCACCUUCAUCUUCAAGUCCCUGGGGCUCAAGUGUGUGCAGUUCCUGCCCCAGGUCAUGCCCACAUUCCUGAAUGUCAUUCGGGUUUGUGACGGGGCCAUCCGGGAAUUUCUGUUCCAGCAGCUGGGAAUGUUGGUGUCCUUUGUGAAGAGCCACAUCAGGCCUUACAUGGAUGAAAUAGUCACACUCAUGAGAGAAUUCUGGGUCAUGAACACCUCCAUCCAGAGCACGAUCAUUCUUCUCAUUGAGCAGAUUGUGGUAGCUCUUGGGGGUGAAUUUAAGCUCUACCUGCCCCAGCUGAUCCCACACAUGCUACGAGUCUUCAUGCAUGACAAUAGCCCAGGCCGCAUCGUCUCCAUCAAGUUGCUUGCUGCAAUCCAGCUGUUUGGCGCCAACCUGGAUGACUAUCUGCAUCUGUUACUGCCCCCUAUCGUGAAGUUGUUUGAUGCCCCUGAAGUUCCAUUGCCAUCUCGAAAGGCAGCGUUAGAGACAGUGGACCGCCUGACGGAGUCCCUGGAUUUCACUGACUAUGCCUCUCGGAUCAUUCACCCGAUUGUGCGAACGCUGGACCAGAGCCCAGAACUCCGUCCCACAGCCAUGGACACGUUGUCCUCACUCGUGUUUCAGCUGGGGAAGAAGUACCAAAUUUUCAUUCCAAUGGUAAAUAAAGUUCUGGUGCGACACCGAAUCAACCAUCAGCGCUAUGAUGUCCUCAUCUGCAGGAUUGUCAAGGGAUACACCCUUGCUGAUGAAGAAGAGGACCCUUUGAUUUACCAGCAUCGAAUGCUGCGGAGUGGCCAAGGGGAUGCCUUGGCUAGCGGACCAGUGGAAACGGGACCCAUGAAGAAACUGCACGUCAGCACCAUCAACCUCCAAAAGGCCUGGGGAGCUGCCAGAAGGGUCUCCAAAGAUGAUUGGUUGGAAUGGCUGAGGCGGCUGAGCCUGGAGCUGCUGAAGGACUCCUCCUCGCCCUCCCUGCGCUCCUGCUGGGCCCUGGCACAGGCCUACAACCCGAUGGCCAGGGAUCUCUUUAACGCUGCGUUUGUGUCCUGCUGGUCUGAGCUGAAUGAAGACCAGCAGGAUGAGCUCAUCAGAAGCAUCGAGUUGGCCCUCACCUCCCAGGACAUCGCUGAAGUCACACAAACCCUCUUAAACUUGGCUGAAUUCAUGGAACACAGUGACAAGGGCCCCCUGCCAUUGAGGGAUGACAAUGGCAUUGUUCUGCUGGGUGAGAGGGCUGCCAAGUGCCGAGCAUAUGCCAAAGCGCUACACUACAAAGAACUGGAGUUCCAGAAGGGUCCCACCCCUGCCAUCCUAGAGUCUCUCAUCAGCAUUAAUAAUAAGCUACAGCAGCCAGAGGCAGCUGCCGGGGUAUUAGAAUAUGCCAUGAAACACUUCGGAGAGCUGGAGAUUCAGGCUACCUGGUAUGAGAAACUGCAUGAGUGGGAGGAUGCUCUUGUGGCCUACGAUAAGAAAAUGGACACCAACAAGGAUGACCCAGAGCUGAUGCUGGGCCGCAUGCGCUGCCUCGAGGCCUUGGGGGAAUGGGGGCAGCUCCACCAGCAGUGCUGUGAAAAGUGGACCCUGGUUAAUGAUGAGACCCAAGCCAAGAUGGCCCGGAUGGCUGCUGCAGCUGCAUGGGGUUUAGGUCAGUGGGACAGCAUGGAGGAGUACACCUGCAUGAUCCCUCGGGAUACCCACGACGGGGCGUUUUACAGAGCCGUGCUGGCGCUGCAUCAGGACCUCUUCUCCUUGGCGCAGCAGUGCAUCGACAAAGCCCGGGACCUGCUGGACGCUGAGUUAACUGCGAUGGCAGGAGAGAGCUACAGCCGGGCGUAUGGGGCCAUGGUUUCUUGCCACAUGCUCUCCGAGCUGGAGGAGGUCAUCCAGUACAAACUUGUCCCCGAGCGCCGGGAGAUCAUCCGCCAGAUCUGGUGGGAGAGACUGCAGGGCUGCCAGCGUAUUGUGGAGGACUGGCAGAAAAUCCUCAUGGUGCGGUCGCUAGUGGUCAGCCCUCACGAGGACAUGAGGACCUGGCUCAAGUAUGCAAGCCUGUGUGGCAAGAGUGGCAGGCUGGCUCUUGCUCAUAAAACCUUAGUGCUGCUCCUGGGAGUUGAUCCAUCUCGGCAACUUGACCACCCUCUGCCAACAGUUCACCCCCAGGUGACCUACGCCUACAUGAAAAAUAUGUGGAAGAGCGCUCGCAAGAUCGAUGCCUUCCAGCACAUGCAGCACUUUGUUCAGACCAUGCAGCAGCAAGCCCAGCACGCCAUCGCCACCGAGGACCAGCAGCACAAGCAGGAGCUGCACAAGCUUAUGGCCCGAUGUUUCCUGAAACUCGGGGAGUGGCAGCUGAACCUGCAGGGCAUCAACGAGAGCACGAUCCCCAAAGUCCUGCAGUAUUAUAGCGCCGCCACGGAGCACGACCGCAGCUGGUACAAGGCCUGGCACGCGUGGGCUGUGAUGAACUUCGAGGCUGUGCUCCACUACAAACAUCAGAACCAAGCCCGCGAUGAGAAGAAGAAACUGCGUCACGCCAGUGGGGCCAACAUCACCAACGUGGCCACUGCCGCCACCACGGCGGCCACGGCCACUGCCACCAGCACCGAGGGUAGUAACAGCGAGAGCGAGGCUGAAAGCACUGAGAACAGCCCUACCCCAUCUCCUCUGCAGAAGAAGGUCACUGAGGAUUUGUCCAAAACUCUCUUGAUGUACACCGUCCCUGCUGUCCAGGGCUUCUUCCGAUCCAUCUCUUUGUCACGAGGCAACAACCUCCAGGACACGCUCAGAGUCCUCACCUUAUGGUUUGAUUAUGGUCACUGGCCAGAUGUAAAUGAAGCCUUAGUGGAAGGGGUGAAAGCGAUCCAGAUUGACACUUGGUUACAGGUUAUACCUCAGCUCAUUGCGAGAAUUGAUACGCCGAGGCCCUUGGUGGGACGUCUCAUUCACCAGCUUCUCACAGACAUUGGUCGGUACCACCCCCAGGCCCUCAUCUACCCGCUGACGGUGGCUUCUAAGUCCACCACCACGGCCCGUCACAAUGCGGCCAACAAGAUUCUGAAGAACAUGUGCGAGCACAGUAACACCUUGGUGCAACAGGCCAUGAUGGUGAGUGAGGAGCUGAUCCGAGUGGCCAUUCUCUGGCACGAGAUGUGGCACGAAGGCCUGGAAGAGGCAUCUCGCUUGUACUUUGGGGAGAGGAACGUGAAAGGCAUGUUCGAGGUGCUGGAGCCCCUGCAUGCUAUGAUGGAGCGGGGACCCCAGACUCUGAAGGAAACAUCCUUUAACCAGGCGUAUGGUCGAGAUUUAAUGGAGGCCCAAGAGUGGUGCAGGAAGUACAUGAAAUCAGGGAAUGUCAAGGACCUCACCCAAGCCUGGGACCUCUAUUACCACGUGUUCAGACGAAUCUCAAAGCAGCUGCCUCAGCUCACAUCCUUAGAGCUGCAAUACGUGUCCCCAAAACUUCUGAUGUGCCGGGACCUGGAAUUGGCUGUGCCGGGAACAUAUGACCCCAACCAGCCGAUCAUUCGCAUUCAGUCCAUUGCACCAUCUCUACAAGUCAUCACAUCCAAGCAGAGGCCCCGGAAGUUGACGCUUAUGGGCAGCAACGGGCACGAGUUUGUCUUCCUCCUGAAGGGCCAUGAAGAUCUGCGGCAGGACGAGCGAGUGAUGCAGCUCUUCGGCCUGGUCAACACCCUUCUGGCCAAUGACCCAACAUCUCUUCGGAAAAACCUCAGCAUCCAGAGAUAUGCUGUCAUUCCCUUAUCAACCAAUUCGGGCCUCAUCGGCUGGGUCCCCCACUGUGACACGCUGCACGCCCUCAUCCGGGACUACAGGGAGAAAAAGAAGAUCCUUCUCAACAUCGAGCAUCGCAUCAUGCUGCGGAUGGCUCCAGACUACGACCACCUGACUCUGAUGCAGAAGGUCGAGGUGUUUGAGCACGCCGUCAACAACACAGCUGGGGACGACCUGGCCAGGCUGCUGUGGCUGAAGAGCCCCAGCUCUGAGGUGUGGUUUGAUCGAAGAACCAAUUACACCCGUUCUUUAGCAGUCAUGUCCAUGGUUGGGUAUAUUUUGGGCCUGGGCGAUAGACACCCAUCCAACCUGAUGCUGGACCGGCUGAGCGGGAAGAUCCUGCACAUUGACUUUGGGGACUGCUUUGAGGUUGCUAUGACCAGAGAGAAGUUCCCAGAGAAGAUUCCAUUUAGACUAACGAGAAUGUUGACCAAUGCUAUGGAGGUCACGGGCCUGGACGGCAACUACAGAAUCACAUGCCACACGGUGAUGGAAGUGCUUCGGGAGCACAAGGACAGCGUCAUGGCUGUGCUGGAAGCCUUCGUCUAUGACCCCUUGCUGAACUGGAGGCUGAUGGACACAAAUACCAAAGGCAACAAGCGAUCACGAACGAGGACAGAUUCCUACUCUGCUGGCCAGUCAGUAGAAAUUUUGGAUGGUGUGGAACUUGGGGAACCAGCCCAUAAGAAAACAGGGACCACAGUGCCAGAAUCUAUUCAUUCUUUCAUUGGAGACGGUUUGGUGAAACCAGAGGCCCUAAAUAAGAAAGCUAUUCAGAUUAUUAACAGAGUUCGAGAUAAGCUCACUGGUCGGGACUUCUCUCACGAUGAAACGUUGGAUGUCCCAACACAAGUUGAGCUGCUCAUCAAACAAGCAACAUCCCAUGAAAACCUCUGCCAGUGCUACAUCGGCUGGUGUCCUUUCUGGUAACUAGAGGCCCAGACAUGCCCACAGCAUUUCUCUUGAGGCUUUUGUACUUUGGUAUAUGCUUCCACUAAACUGAAGCCAUGGUGAGAAAGUUCAGCUCUGUUAAAUAUUUUGAAAUGUAAAUGAAAAGAACUACUGUAUAUUAAAAGUUGGUUUGAACCAACUUUCUAGCUGCUGUUGAAGAAUAUAUUGUCAGAAACACAAGGCUUGAUUUGGUUCCCAGGACAGUAAACGCAGUAAUACUACAGAAAUCAAGCCAUUGAUUUUGGGAAACAGAAGGUUUCAUAACUUUAGAAAUACGGGUUUUGACUUAACUCACAAAAGAACUCAUAAGCGUUUGCUGACAGAAGAAUGGCCUAGUCGAUGCUCUCGACAUGGACACAGCAAACUCAGCACAGUCAUGAAGCCUCAGGUCCUGGAGGACACGGAUUAGGGUUCUGAACUGUAAGGAAGCAGGAGAAGUUGACUUGGUCACCUUCGCCCAUCUCAUUACCUCACUGGUCCAUGGACGGCAGCAACAACCCUUGCACGAUGGGCCAAAAUGGAUGGAAAAGGUCUGUCUUCUGCCUCACCCGUGAUGCUGCACCGUACACACUUCAAGACUGGAGCCACUCGGAGGGGAGUUUCUUCAGAUCGCCGGGCGGCCUCGGCUGAGCAGAUACACGGAGCGGAUCACAGAGCAGUAGGAGGCCCACACUGGCCUCCCCCAGCAUGGUUCUGGGAUGUUUUCAGUGAGGUCUGAACGCUCUGUGUUUAGAGCAAGGCCUUGGAAUACAGGAAUGCUGUCAUGGAGGUGCUGACACAGAGGGGGAUGGUCUAGUACAUGUUGGGAAUUAGGAGCAAAAGAAAUAUUAAACUAAAUGCACAAAAUAUAAAGUGUAGCCAUGUCUAGACACCAUGUUGUAUCUGAAUAAUUUUUGUGCCAAUAAGUGACAUCAGAAUUUUAAAAACA